AUGUCCAGCACAGGGGAUGGAGACCUGACCCAAGAGGGCCAGGAAAGCCCGGUGAGCCGAGUGGGAGCAUUGUCCCGGGCUAGGGGAGCCCACCACGGGGUGGGCCGCGACUCCGACCCCGACGAAGGCAACAUGGCGCCUGUAGCCGAAGCGGCCGGAGUCGCAGGCCCUGAGGGAGGCCUCGGGGAGGAGGAGGGCAACCAGGAGGAGGCCCCUGCCAGAGCCCCCGAGGGUGACAGCAGUGAGGAAGAUUCAGACAUCGGGCCUGCAGAGGAGGAGGAGGAGGAAGUGCUUGGCCUGCCACUGGUCGGCCUAGAUAUGAUGGUGGAUGCCCAGCAGAUGCCCAUGGCGGGCUUUCGCUUCAUGUUCCUGGAUCUGGUGCACUCCCUCCUCCACCGCAUCUACUACAAUGACCACAUCCUCAUUCGGCCCAGCAGCGGCCGCCUGGUGGUGAGGCACCACCCUCAUGGGCCUGAUGGUGGCGACCUGGCCAUUGAGAUCCCAGCGGUGCUUCACGUGCCCCCGAGGCCACCCGUGAGGGCUCCGGUCCAGGAGGGCGAGGGCCCCAGUGGGCUCAACUUCCUCGCAGAGGCUCCGGCUGUGGCUGCAGCCCGAGAGGCUGAGGGGCAAGAACCGACGGCUGCAGAGGAGCCAGCAUGCGGGGCUGCAGAGGAGCCAACACAUGAGGCCGCAGAGGAGCCAGCACAUGAGGCCGCAGAGGAGCUAGCAUGCGGGGCCGCAGAGGAGCCAACACUUGAGGCUGCAGAGGAGCCAACACUUGAGGCCGCAGAGGAGCCAGCACAUGAGGCCGCAGAGGAGCCAGCAUGUGGGCCCGCAGAGGAGACAACACAUGAGGCCACAGAGGAGUCAGCAUGCAGGGCCGCAGAGAAGCCAGCACAUGAGGCUUCAGAAGAGCCAGCAUGUGGGGUUGCAGAGGAGGCUGAAAAGGAGGCUGCAGAGGGGCUCUCAGAGGAGCCAACAGGCCCAGCCACAGAGGAGGCAGAAGAGGAGUCACCAGUGCUGGUGACAAACACCCGUGAAAUAACUCAAUAUGAAUAUGACCACUGGGAAGAAUUGGAUGAAGAUGAUGAAGGGGAUGAAGAAAAAGAAAAAGAAGAGAAUGAAAAGGAACAAGACGAAGGACCUGAAGAGGACCUGGACCCAGGAGAGGGGAAACCUACAAAAUCCAGGUAUCUGUGUAUAGCUUUGAGUAUCAGUCGACUAUUUUUGGCAUUUUCUUGUUACUUACAGCUUUAUUUUGUAAUUCUUUCAAUAAAUUAA